AUUUGCCACCGCCCGGCCGCUGGUGACGUGAGCGACUCCCCGCCCUCUUUCCCGCCUCCGCGGGCUUCUAGGAAGAUGGCGAAGGUCACCGAGCGUUACGACGUGACUUGGGAAGAAAUGCGAGAUAAAAUGAGAAAAUGGAGAGAAGAAAACUCAAGAAAUAGUGAACAAAUCAUGGAAGUUGGAGAAGAAUUGAUUAAUGACUAUGCCUCUAAGCUUGGGGAUGACAUUUGGAUCAUAUAUGAGCAGGUGAUGAUUGCAGCCCUAGACUAUGGUCGGGAUGACUUGGCAUUGUUUUGUCUUCAGGAGUUAAGAAGACAGUUCCCUGGUAGUCACAGAGUUAAGCGUUUAACGGGCAUGCGAUUUGAAGCUAUGGAAAGAUAUGAUGAUGCUAUACAACUAUAUGAUCGAAUUUUGCAAGAAGAUCCAACUAACACUGCUGCAAGAAAGCGUAAGAUUGCCAUUCGCAAAGCCCAGGGUAAGAAUGUGGAGGCCAUUCGAGAGCUGAAUGAGUAUCUGGAACAAUUUGUAGGAGACCAAGAAGCCUGGCAUGAACUCGCAGAACUUUAUAUCAAUGAACAUGAUUAUGCCAAGGCAGCCUUCUGCUUAGAGGAGCUAAUGAUGAGCAACCCGCACAACCACCUGUACUGCCAACAGUAUGCGGAAGUCAAAUAUACCCAAGGUGGACUUGAAAACCUUGAGCUUUCAAGAAAGUAUUUUGCACAGGCACUGAAACUCAACAACCGAAACAUGAGAGCUCUGUUUGGGCUUUACAUGUCUGCAAGUCAUAUUGCUUCUAAUCCAAAAGCAAGUGCAAAAAUGAAAAAGGACAACAUCAAAUAUGCCAGUUGGGCUGCUAAUCAAAUAAACAGGGCUUAUCAGUUUGCAGGUCGAAGUAAGAAGGAAACCAAAUACUCUCUUAAGGCAGUUGAAGACAUGUUGGAAACAUUGCAGAUCACUCAGUCUUAAGGUUUCAGAGACUCUUUGACAUUAGAUUUCAAAACUAUGCAGCUGAACUUCUUGGCCUGUGACUUAUUUACUAAAUGCCAAGUGCUGUUUGCAUUCAUUUUCUUUGAAGAGGUCAGUUAUAAAGAAUGUGUUCAAAUAAACCUCAACUUGUCUUGUAUUGAUAAGCAGGGAGUUGGAGGGAGUCCAUGGAAGAGAGAUUCAAGACCUAUUGAUUGUAUAUCUGUCUUGUUGCCCCCAUUUACCUUAUAAAUAAACCAUGAUUUAUUAAACUUA